GGAGAAGGCUCCAGGUCCCUUGGAUAUUAGUGAAAAAGCGUUUGAUACAAAAUCCUAAUUCCUUUACUAAAUGCGAGGAUGGUUUAGUUAGUUGAGAAUAUUUAUCCUGUAACGUCACUUUACAAAUUUUAAUUUAAAAGUUUGCUAAUGUUAGUUAGUAUAGUCCAUAAAACUAAUUAAAUUAAUACGAAUUUUGUAUUUUGUCCUAAAAAUGACAAAACCACGUGUUCUCCGAGAACUGGGGGACCUUAUGGAUUGCACGAUUUGUCUCGAGGAGCCUGCCUCGCCAAUCCACAGCUGCGCCAACGGUCACAUAAUUUGCGGCAUCUGCGUCGACCAAGUGAAAAAAUGCGGCAUGUGCCAGACGGAUUUACACGUGUCACACUUCGCGGAACGGCUGUCCCGACAGUUCGAGUUUACUUUGCCUUGUCGAAACCAAAACUGUGGCUGUGAUGAAGUCGUCGCUGCUGCAGAAAUGAAAAAUCAUCUCCAAAAGUGUUACUUUCGCUACGUACUUUGCACCGAGUCGAAAUCUGGACGUUGUGAUGAUGCAAAGGUGCCUCUUAAAGAGUACGGCAAGCAUUUACAAGAACGGCACAAGUGCGUUAUGCCAACCUUCCCAUGUUUCACGUUGACAUUAACGGAUGACAAUCUAUUUGUUCACGCUGGAUUGUUAAUUCCAGCCGGCAUUUUGGAAAAUGAUGGACACACUUUUCUCUUGCUGAGUCAGAUUACUGGGGAUGCUAUCUACUUUUGGAUGACCGUGUUGGGCAACAAGGAAACUGCGGAGAAGUACAUGUUCGAGUUGAAAGUGUUUAAAACACUGAAAAAUGGGAAGAAGGUCGAAGCCUCAUGGACCAUUCCGAUCGUAGCGUUUCACGAUCGACCGAAAUACGUGGAAGAUUCGCCUUUCUAUGCGGUCGUACCGGUCAGAAUGGUGAAAGAGUUUGGAACUCAAAUCGAAUCAGAGAAUUCACAUCAGAUCCGAUUUGUCACGUCGUACCGAAUUUUCUAGAAAUGAAGUCCAUUAAAACUGAUCAGACAAAUACAUUCGUGGGCAUUUUGCUGUACAUUUAAAGUUUUUACUUAUCCAUUUUAGUUACAGACCGAGUGAGAUGGAAAAACGAGGACGUUUUUAGUUAUUUGUGUAGGACUUAAUAAGUACUACUUACAUAUGUAUCACCUGCAUUAUUAUUUUACAUAUCUAGUGGCGAUUGGAUUGAUUAAGAAUGUUUGACGGGGUCAAAAUAUUUGCAUAAAUAUAUUUAUGCAAAAAAUUGGGAAAUAAAAUCUGCAAAACACA